UCACCAGCGGAACCGCCUCCGCCGCGCUCGGCGUCGAGGGCCUACGGGACGUCAGUACGCAUGCGUACUUUGUGCCCCAGGUAGCUUGUCUCUUAGCCGGGGACUCUUCUAUAUUCCCGUCUGUGGGAGCGGGGGGCCUGGGGCUGCACAUGCGCACUGCGAGUCCUCGCCAACUCCCGGAAACCACUCCGCACACGCAGUGCGGCAGCUGCUUCAGAUCGGCGGGCUCCAGGGACGCCUGGGUGGGCAGCGUGGCCGUUUCUCUUUUCUUGGACGGUAUUUUCCCAGCGCCACGCGGAGCCUGGGCCAUUAGGAGCUCUGCAUUUCCAGGACCCGGUCACUGUUCAGGACACUGUUCCAGCGCAGUGGUCAUUAGCCAUGUCUCCGGGAUCAGUGACAUUCCAAGAUGUGGCCAUUGACUUCUCCGAGGAAGAGUGGGGAUUCCUGAACCCUGCUCAGAGAGAUUUGUACACAGCUGUGAUGUUGGAGAAUUAUCAGAACCUGGUCUGGCUGGGACUUUCCAUUUCUAAAUCUGUGAUUUCACUGUUGGAGAAAAGGAAACUGCCUUGGAUAAUGGGAAAAGAAGAGAUAAGAGUCCCAUUGCCAGAUGCACCAGGUGCUGAGAUUAAGGAGUUAUCUGCAAAGAGGGCUAUUAAUGAAGUAUUAUCUCAGUUUGACACAGUGAUAAAAUGUACAAGAAAGGUAUGUAAGGAAUGUGGAAAUGUAUACUGCCACAAUACGCAGCUUACUCUCCAUAAGAGAAAUCACACGCGAAAGAAAUGCAAUCAGUGUUUAGAUUGUGGGAAACACUUCACUCGUCGGUCAGCUCUCAUUCAGCAUCAAAGAAUCCACACGGGAGAGAGACCCUAUAAAUGUAACGAAUGUAGUAAAACCUUCAACCAGAGGGCACACCUUACCCAGCAUGAGAGAAUUCACACGGGUGAGAAACCUUACAAAUGUAAGGAAUGUAGGAAAACCUUCAGCCAGAUGGCUCAUCUCACACAGCAUCAGAGUACACAUACGAGAGAAAAGUUCCAUGAAUGCAGUGAAUGUGGAAAGGCCUUCAGCCGUUCCUCAGCCCUUAUGGAUCACCAGCGAAUUCAUAGUGGAGAAAAGCCAUAUGAAUGUAAGGAGUGUAGCAGAGCCUUCACUCAAAGUGCCCAGCUCAUUAGACAUCAGAAAAUUCAUUCUGGAGAAAAACCCUAUGAGUGUAGUAAGUGUAAGAAAUCUUUUAUACGCCUGUCUUCGCUGAUUGAACAUUGGAGAAUUCACACUGGAGAAAAACCGUAUCAAUGUAAGGACUGCAAAAAGACCUUUUGUCGUGUCAUGCAGCUCACUCUGCACAGGAGAGUUCAUACUGGUGAGAAACCCUAUGAAUGCAAGCAAUGUGGAAAGGCCUUCAGCACCCGUUCUUCCUUUGUUACUCAUAAGAGAACCCACAGUGGAGAGAAACCGUAUAAAUGCAAGGAAUGUGGAAAAGCCUUCAGUGCACACUCUUCCCUUGUUACUCAUAAGAGAACACACAGUGGAGAGAAACCCUAUAAAUGCCAUGCCUGUGGGAAGGCCUUUAAUACUUCUUCCCUACUUUGUCAACAUAAUAGAAUUCAUACUGGUGAAAAACCCUUUCAGUGCAGUCAGUGCGGGAAGUCCUUUAGAUGCAGCUCUAACCUUACUCGACACUGUAGAAUGUGUAAUGGAAAAUGUUAGCAAAUAACCAAAACUCAAAAUGUUAAUUCUGAUUAUUCCAUAUCAUUUCCAGUACUUUGUACUGUGAGUCUUUUAAAAUAUGCUAUCUUAGUUUGUAUGGAAUGAUACUUCAUUGCACUUUUGAUUUAACUUAAAAAUGCCUUCCCUUGAC